AUGUCUAAGAUCGCAUCUACCUUUUCGCGUCUCGUUCGCUUCGUCCCCAAGUCGGACAUCUCCAAGAUUCUCAUCGGAGAGCCUGUGGAUGCGAAGCUCGAUGUCGGUUUGGCCUUGUACAAGGGCCAGGAGGUCUCUGUGCGCCCCUUCACUGGUAGCUCUGUCCUGAGCCCCGGUGAGCCUACUACUACCACCGAAAUUAUUGAGCGUCUGCUCUCUCCCCUCGCUCAGAAGGAAGUUGGCUCUAUCCGCUGCGUUGGUCUGAACUAUGUCUCCCACGCUAAGGAGAUGGCUCUGCCAAUCCCGGAAGUUCCGACUCUCUUCAUUAAGCCUUCUACUGCUCUAGCGGACCCUUACCCCGCCCCCACUGUUCUUCCCAAGAUCACACAGACCGACAACACUGGUGACUACGAGUCCGAGAUGGUCAUUGUUAUCGGUCGUGAUGCCAAGGAUGUUCCCGAGUCUGAGGCUCUGGACUACGUCCUGGGCUACACUGCCGCUAACGAUGUGUCCAGCCGUACCUUCCAGAUGAACCAGAGCCAAUGGUGCUUCUCCAAGGGUUUCGAUGGCUCAUGCCCCAUUGGUCCCACCCUUGUCUCCUCCAAGCUUAUCCCCAAUGUUAGCAAGCUCCAGAUCCGUGGUCUGAAGAACGGCGAUGUCAUGCAAGAUUGCCCUCUGACUGACUUGAUCUUCAACGUUCCUCAGUUGAUUGCCUUCCUUUCUCAGGGCACCACCCUGCCUGCUGGUACUAUCAUCUUGACCGGUACUCCUCCUGGUGUUGGUGCGGCCAAGAACCCUAAGCAGUUCAUUAAGGCUGGUGAUGACUUUGCCGUUGAGCUGCUGCCUCACGUUGGUACUUUGAUCAACAAGAUCGAGCACCAGUAA